CCUGCCAAGCCCCUGACGCCCGUGACGCUGGAGUUGGGGGGCAAGAACCCCUGCUACGUGUCCGACACCUGCGACGUGCAGAACGUGGCGCGGCGGGCGGCCUGGGGCCGCUUCUUCAAUGCGGGGCAGACCUGCAUCGCGCCCGACUACGUGCUGUGCACCGUGGAGAUGCAGGAAAAGCUGAUGCCCGCCCUGCGUGCGGCCAUCACUGAGUUUUUUGGUUCCAACCCCAAGGAAUCCUCCGAUUUCGGCCGCAUCGUGGGGGACAAGCAGUUCCGCCGCAUCCGGGCGCUGCUGUCCAGCGGGCGCGUGGCCAUCGGAGGACAGACGGACGAGAGGGAGCGGUACAUCGCCCCCACGGUGCUGGCGGACGUCCUGCCCUCGGAUCCCGCCAUGCAGGAGGAGAUCUUCGGCCCCAUCCUGCCCAUCGUUGUUGUGGCCAACAUAGACGAAGCCAUCGACUUCAUCAACGCCCGGCCGCGGCCGUUGGCCAUCUACGCCUUCUCCUGUGACAGCAAGGUGGUGAAUGAGGUCCUGGAGCGGACGAGCAGCGGUGGCUUCUGCGGCCACGACAACCUGAUGCACGUGACGCUGACCUCGCUGCCCUUCGGUGGCAUCGGAAACAGCGGCUUGGGGAAAUACCAUGGCAAGUUCACCUUCGACACCUUCAGCCACCACCGCGGCUGCCUGCACCGCACCAUGGGGCUGGAGGCCCUCAACGCCCCCCGCUACCCACCCUACAGCCAGCAGAAGCUGGGGCUGCUCUCGGCCGCCUUCGAGAUCAAGCGCAAGGGCAUGUGCACCCUGCUCUGA